AUGAGUGAGAACCUGAAGUUUGUCUGGAAAGUAUUCAGCUAUGCCUUACGUGGAGGUUGUGCUCUCCAUGUUGUUCAGUCACACUUCUACGAAUUCACAGAGACCAGAGGUGAGUCAAUGCUCCCCACGCUCGCUGCAAACGGUGACUUUGUUCACUCUUUAAAGAAGUACAGAUUGGGAAGAGGCAUCCAGAAUGGUGACUGUAUUGUUGCGUUGAAACCUACAGAUCCUGACCAAAGGGUUUGUAAGAGAAUAACUGGGAUGCCAGGCGAUGUAAUUCUUAUUGAUCCAAGCAUGGAUGAUAAACAUGAUCCUUCUGCAAGCUUCAACAAGUACAUCAAGGUACCUAAGGGACACGUAUGGGUUACCGGUGAUAACUUAGCACAUUCACUAGACUCUAGAACAUACAACUCCUUACCAUUGGCAUUGAUAAAGGGUAAAAUUGUUGCAGCUAAUGACUUCAAUGAACCAUUUUGGGGCGGUUCCAAGGGUAACUUUUGGGGGUUCAGAUUCAUCGAAAACAACUAUGUGGAUGAGGAUUGA